AGGAGUCGAAAGGCAGGGAGAGAGAGCGCGCUAAACCGUCCGUUAAUUUGUUUUUUGGUAGGUAAAACGUUGUUAAAUUUAUUUGUGCUAAAACUCGGAACCCUAGAAACGAAGAAUUGGAUCUCAGACCCGAUCCACAAAACCCUCCCACUGUCCUCGCUUCCUCAUCAUAUAUAUCCAUGCGAACUUCUCAAAAGGCCUUAAUUUUCAAUCGUUCGUUCAUAUAUUAAAAACACUCUCUCCCUACACUUUCUUCAUUUAAUUAUGAUUAUUAUUAUUAACUCGCAUUUAAUGAUGAUCCGUUCUUGGCUGCGUCCUUCUCGCUCCUUUAGAUCUCCCCUUCCUCUCUUCACCGACGUUUCUGAAUCUAAACCCACACACCAAUUUUAUAGUUUCACAAAGACAAAUAGGGGAAAUUAAGAAUAAACUAUUUGUCAUGUGUGUAUCUACAAUUCUACAAUCUACACACACUGGAUACACACGAUUAUUGUUGCAUUUCUUUCGCGGGAAGGUUCUGCGAAUUACGAGAAAUUCUGGUCAAUUGGGAUCACUUGGGUUCUCAAAACUGAGCUAGAAAUGAGUUGUGAAGAAGAAGUAGAACAGAGACAGAGAGGUUAGCAUGAAGUGCGCAGCAAAUGUGCUUCGGUUUCUCGGUACUCGAGACCACGUUGGCUUCAUCAUCAUCAGCAGAGAGAUGUUUCGCGGUCAACUCUUCUUUUGCAGUGGCCUCUUAUAUAAACUGUUUGUGUACUUCUCAACCAUCGUGGACUCAGCCCUGCGCUUCUGUCUCUCUCCUCUCUUCUUGUACUUGGGCUUUCGAAUUUGGAUGAUUUUUUGGAAGAAGAGAUUCUGAAUUUUUGAUAAGAUGAGACCGGCCAUUUUCCAGCAUUUUUUCCUUGGGAUAUUGGCUUGGUUGAGUGUCUACUGGGUGAAUGCUGAGGACCCAUAUAGAUUUUUUACGUGGGAAGUUACAUACGGAACAAUUUCUCCGCUUGGUGUCGAGCAAAGAGGCAUCCUUAUUAAUGGGCAGUUUCCUGGCCCCACCGUUGAUUGCGUCACCAAUGACAACAUACUUGUUAAUGUCAUCAAUAAGCUUGAUGAGCCUUUCCUCAUUACAUGGAAUGGAGUUAAACAGAGAAAGACCUCCUGGCAAGAUGGAGUGCUUGGAACGAAUUGCCCAAUCCCUCCUAACUCAAACUGGACAUACAAGAUGCAAGUGAAAGAUCAGAUUGGAACCUACACAUACUUCCCUUCAACUUUGAUGCAUAGAGCUGCUGGUGGUUUUGGGGGUUUGAAUAUUGCAUCAAGGUCCGUGAUAUCAGUCCCAUAUCCCAAACCUGCUGAAGAAUUUACUUUACUCGUUAGUGAUUGGUUCAAGUCUGAUCACAAGGUGUUACAACAAACACUGGAUUCAGGGAAGCCUUUUCCUUUUCCUGAUGCUCUUCUUAUAAAUGGAGUACGUUCCUGUUCUUUCACGGGUCAAAAAGGGAAUUCCUAUUUGUUUAGGGUGUCAAAUGUGGGAUUAACAACAUCAAUCAACUUUAGGGUUCAGGGCCAUACAUUGACACUGGUAGAAGUUGAAGGUGCUCAUACUAUGCAGGAUGUGUAUGAAUCACUCGACAUUCAUGUUGGCCAAGCUGUAGCUGUUAUGGUCUACUUACAUGCAACACCAAAGGACUACUUUAUUGUUGCUUCAACUCGUUUUACAAAGCCCAUUCUGACUACCACUGCAAUUCUUCACUAUGACGGUUCUACAGCUCCAGCCACUUUACCAUUGCCUAUUGGUCCUACUUAUCAUAUCCAUUGGUCUAUGAAACAAGCGAGGACCAUCAGAUGGAAUUUGACAGCAAAUGCAGCCAGGCCCAACCCUCAAGGGUCAUUUCACUAUGGCACCAUACCGGUAGUAAGGACAUUAGUGCUAGCAAACUCAGCAACCAACAUCAAUGGCAAGCUACGUUAUGCUGUUAAUAGCGUCUCCUACAUUAACCCAAGCACCCCGUUGAAGCUUGCUGACUAUUUUAACAUCCCUGGAAUCUUCAACCUUAACACAAUCAAGGACACACCUACUCCUGGCCCUAUAGUGCUUGGUACAUCAGUCAUAGACACCACUCUUCACGACUUCACAGAAAUCGUCUUCCAAAACAAUGAGAACACUAUCCAGUCUUGGCAUCUUGAUGGCUAUGAUUUCUGGCAAAUCGGGUUUGGUUCUGGUCAGUGGAAUUCUACUUUGAGAAGUCGCUACAACCUGGUUGAUGCAACCAGCAGAUACACUGUUCAGGUAUAUCCAAAAUCUUGGAGUGCAAUAUUGGUGUCAUUGGACAACAAGGGCAUGUGGAAUUUAAGGUCUGCAAUCUGGCCAAGGCAAUAUCUAGGACAGCAACUGUACCUCAGAGUGUGGAACAAUGAACGCAGUGUGUUUACUGAGUACGACAUCCCUCCAAAUGCAUUACUCUGUGGCAAGGCUGUAAACUUGUAGUAGGUUCUGUCAUUCAUGUAACUUUCUAUCUUUUUCUUUUUACUUGUAUAAUUCAGUCACAAGGGGGUGACUGUCUCAAAGGCUAAGUGCCAAAAGCUUGACAAUUGUCAUUGUUUUUAGAUUUCUUCGUAAUCAUAAUCAUAAUAAAGAUUUCUCUUGUCU